AUGGCUGCUGUCAACAAUACAAUCCAAGUAACCAUUGGCCAGAUCGCUAAAAUGAUCGAUCAUUCCCUGCUUCAUCCUACCAUGACCGACGAGGAUAUUCUGGAAGGCCUCCGCAUCUCUAAGAAAUAUAAUGUCGCUACCGCCUGCAUCAAACCGUAUUCAAUUCCACUGGCCAAGAAAGAGCUGAAGGGAACCGAUGUUCUUAUUUGUCCUGUGAUUGGUUUUCCCCACGGAAAUAGCACUACAGAUGUCAAGGUCUAUGAAGCGAAGGCAGCCGCCGCUGCUGGAGGCAAGGAAGUCGAUAUGGUCAUCAACAUUGGCAAAGCUUUGGGCGGAGAAUGGGAUUACGUCGCCGAGGAAAUUCGCCAGAUCAACGCGGCCGUGACCAAGCAAGGGGCGAUUCUCAAAGUUAUUUUCGAGAAUGAUUACCUACAGGAAGACCACAUUGCCAAGCUGUGCGCGAUAUGCUCAGAUAUUGCCGUGGCGUUUGUCAAGACGUCCACUGGGUAUGGGUUCAUGAAGGGCUCAGAUGGCAAAUACUCCUACAAGGGCGCUACGGUGCCGCAUCUGAAGCUGAUGAGGGAGAAGUCUAGCCCGGGAGUUCAAAUCAAGGCCGCGGGGGGCGUUCGUACGUUGGAUGAUCUUCUACAUGUCAUGUCGCUAGGUGUUACACGGAUCGGCGCGACCGCGACUAUUGCCAUUAUGGAGGAGGCUGUGAAGAGAGGCAUUACGGCUGAACCUACGACUGUGCAGUUCAAGCCUAUUGCUGGAGGAAGUUCUGGUGGUUACUAA